AUGAAAAAUCAUAAAAGUAUUAAAAACUAAUUUAGAUUAUUAUAUUUAUUUGAAUUAGUUUAUAAAUUAUUCUAAUGGUCAAUAGAAACUGAAUAUCAGCACAUUGUUAAUUAUUUAUUUAUCUUUUUAAGUAAUAAAUUAAUAACUGCUUGAUGUAUAUUGAUCCAGCAGACACGAAAGCAUGGGCUGAAGAAUUGAAGGAGUAAGAUUUUGUAUUAAUUUCAUUGUAGAUACCAAGGGAGUAGGAAACAAAAAGUGGAUUUUUAGAAACCAAAGAUCUUCACAUAAAAAGAAAUGAAAUUGAAACAGACUGAAUUCAAUCCUGUUUUAUAGACUUACCAAAAUCCAGAAAGGGAUGUUAAGGAGAAGGAAAAGGAUUUCCAGAAGACAUCGACAUUGGCAUAAAAGAAAAUGGUAUUGCGAUGUUAGAUUAGAUAGGAAAUGGUUAAGAAAUAUUUGCACGAAUAUGAUUUAGUUAAUUUAGAGCAUGUUUAAGGAAUAGAGAGACCUGAUGAGAGAGAGAAAACAAAAUAAUGUUUAGUAUUGGAUUUGAUUAAAUGUUAGUUACCACCCAAUUUUAAUGAUUAUAAUAUAAUAACAAAUGAGAAGAAGAGCGAAGAAUACUAUAAAAAUAUGAAGGUAGUUGUUUAGAAGCGAGUUCAUGAGAAGCCAGUGAUAAAUAGAAAUAAGCGAGAUUUCAAUAUCAUUACAAACAAGUUCGAAAUUAAAAUUAUACAGGUUUUUGGAUAAUCACGAAAUAAAAGCUUAAGAACAAGAGGCUGCUGUGAUGUCUGAUAUAAAUGAUAAAUGUAAAAGAGUCAGGAACUAUGAUAUUGUGGCAGGAACAUUUUAUAAUGAUGACAAAGAAUGGGAGUAUCAAUAGUAUUUUAUCCAAUAAAAACGAGGAAAUUGAAGCAGGACUAAUUGAAUCAUGGCAAACAAUUCAACGAUAGAUUUCCACCAUCUUGGAAGUUCAGAGAAUCAGUUUAUUUAGAUUAAACGAAAGAGAUCCCUGACGAAAUCAAGAUGAUAGAUGAGAUCAAUAGAAAUCACAAGAAGCGUUAUGAAAUAAGGCAUGUCUUGGAAAAUGAAUAUAGAGAAAGAGAUCUUUAAGAUCAAAUGAGAACUCAAGACAGAUUGAUAAAGAGACAUAAGUAUGAUGAUUUGAUCAAGAAAUAUGAUAAGGGUAAUAGAAAGUCAUAAUAUUAUCAAUAGAAUUCGAUAUCAUUACUUUGGAGAAGCCAGAAAUUGAUCAUAUUGUUAAGGCAUUGCCACCGAAACCUCCUCUAAAUUCUUGGGAUAAGGUUCAGAUGACAAAGUCAGUGUCAGAUGCUCCAAUUCACGAAGUAAGCAUUCCUGAAGGCAUUGAUUUUAAAGAUAAUGUUCAAAAUCAACACGAAUCUUAAGGGAGAGUGAGGUUUCCAUAAGUACAUAGAUAAGGAAGUGAGAAAUCCUAAAAAUCUAUCUCUAAAUCUAAUAAAUCUGGACCAAAGUCAAUAGCUUAAUCAUAGAAAUCGAAUAUUUAAGGAACUGAAAUAAAGUCUGGAGGAUUUUUUUGA